AUGCACUCCUCUAAAGCCAUUGAGAAUAUGGAUGUGCUCACCCAAAGAUUGAAACUCGUAUUUACUAAACUCGAAACUGGUCGCGUUUACUCUUUAUACCUUGACCAGCUUCUCAACCAUAUGGUUGAUGGUUUACUAGUAUACAAAGAGCUCAGUACCGGAUACGAUUGUAGACCCCUUUUUGCUGUGGAUAUAUGCAAUAGAUUGUUGUUUUUUCGGGGAUGUGAUAAGUUCGAUUUGAUAACUUAUCCGGCAACCAGGGAAUCAAGGAAAGUACCGAAGACACCAACAUGGAGGCUACCAAAUAAGUUGCCCUCUGAACCAGACCUCUUUUAUGGGUUUGGAUUUGAUUACUCCACAAAUCAAUACAAGGUGGUUUACGCAAAGUGCUAUAGUACUGAUGGUCGUGGAAAUAUUAAUGAAGGAAAUGGUGAUGGAGUUGUGUUUAGUGUCUAUACGUUAAUGGAAACUAGUUCUUCUUGGCGGCGAGUUGAGGGUGUCUAUCCCUACGUUACUAUCAGUUUUGGAGGGACUGUGCUGAAUGGCUGUGUGCAUUGGUUGGCCAGACGAGGUCGAGAUCGAGAUGGACCAUUGUUGAUUGUGUCUUUCCUUUUAGCAGAGGAGGAGGUCAAAGAAAUUCCACUACCACCCAUAUGCAGCACUGGUUCAAGACAACUAGGGGUUUUCAGAAAUUGGCUACGUAUAACAUUGUGGGAAGUGAAAGAAGUAGCAUAUAAUGAGUUUUUGGUCACGAAAGAAUAUGGAGUGAGAGAUUCUUGGACUAAAAUGCAGAAUCUACCACUUCGUGCUGGUUGUAUUCAUAGGGUUGGUAUCUAUGUAGAAAGUCUUGCUUCGCUUACAGGUAAAGAGGAGGAACAUGAGAGGUUGGAAUUUAAACCAAGCCCAUUAUGA